CUGCUGUACUGUAAUCAUAUGAUAGGGAGUCGGUCCCUGUGCAGAAUACCGACACACCGGACGCGAGCGGAGCUGAUGGUCGAGUAGCAGCUGCAGGAGACGUGGUGCGCGCCGUCGGUACAAGUGUCCAACCGAGCCGAACUCCGCGCGAACGCGAACUUUGUCAAAGUCUGCGACGCGAAACGGCAACUUCAGCCACAGACAGGCGGUUCGACCCGAGCUGAGAUUUGAGUCCAUCCGGUGAGCGGGUCCAGGCCGCCGGGGUCCGGGCGUCCUCGCGUCGCUGAUCGGGGCGUGUUUUCAUCCCCUCUAAGUUUCUUUUUCUAUUCGCUCAGUUGGUCACUUUAUCGUAGAAUCGGAAGCCAUGGUCGGGGAGACAGAGGUGAAGGAGCGACCCAAGUCCAACCCGGACUACCUCAUGCAGCUGAUGAACGACCGGAAGGUGAUGAGCUCCCUGCCCAACUUCAGCGGCAUCUUCACGCAUCUGGAGCGGCUUCUGGACGAAGAAAUCGGCAGAGUGCGCAAGGACAUGUACAACGACACGCUGAACGGCGGCAUGUUCAACGGGCGCGACAUGGAGGAGCUGCCCGAAGCCGUGGGCCCCGUGGCGCAGCUGCAGGAGAAGCUCUACGUGCCUGUCAAAGAGUACCCCGACUUCAACUUCGUAGGGAGGAUCCUGGGCCCACGCGGGCUCACGGCCAAACAGCUGGAGGCCGAGACCGGCUGCAAGAUCAUGGUGCGAGGAAAGGGCUCCAUGCGGGACAAGAAGAAGGAGGAGAUGAACCGAGGGAAGCCCAACUGGGAGCACCUCAGCGAGGACCUGCACGUCCUGAUCACCGUGGAGGACACGCACAACCGCGCUAAGAUCAAGCUGCAGCGGGCCAUCACCGAGGUCAAGAAGCUGCUGGUCCCCGCCGCCGAGGGCGAGGACAACCUGAAGAAGAUGCAGCUGAUGGAGCUGGCCAUCCUCAACGGGACCUACAGAGACGCCAAUGUGAAGACGCCCACCGCCGCCUUCCCGCUAGCGACACCUCAGGCUCCUCGGAUCAUCACAGGCCCGACGCCCGUGCUGCCCCCCACCCUGCGCAACCCCGCUCCCGUCACCACGCCGACCAUCAUGCCCCUCAUCCGUCAGAUCCAGAGCUCCACCCUCGUGCCCGGAGCCAACCCGCACCCGGCGCUGGUGCAGCAAGGGCCCGAGUCUGGCAUCAUCUACACGCCCUACGAGUACCCCUACACACUCACGCCCUCCAUAUUGGAAUACCCGAUUGACUCGACUGGAGUAUUAGGUAUGGCUUUCCCGACCAAAGGCUAAGUGAUAGCAUCCCCUCCCAGCACACGGACUGGCUUGCAGAGACCCCCCCAUACUUGUCCCACAGCCGACAGUCAUUCUGUAGUCGAGUGUCCAUUCCUGUUAAUUUCCCGUUUGUAUCCGUAGACUAGUGUUGUGGUGUGACAGCUAUUUACCUUUUUUUAAUAAUUCAGCUUCCGCUUGUAAUUUUAACACGUUUUAGUGAAGCCUAGACAUUUUAGCGCCGUUGUUUGUGAUUUAAUACAUGUUAAAGCCCAUUUGAUCCCUGAGCUAUAGUGUGACUUUGCUUACAGCUGAUGUUGAAUCUACUAGUGAAGCUUAGUGAGGAACUAGCGUUUGGAUUAAUCUUUUCCUUAGAGAACAGAAGACCACAAAACAGCAGAUCCGUUCUGUCUAGAUGUUUCACUCGUUUCCACCCUCAGCCUCGAACACUUUGUAAAUUCCUGGUUUCACUGAUGUUGGUGCCAUGAGUGGACUGUUUGAUGUCUUUCUGAUGAGUAACCUUCUGUGUUCUGUUUUGGCGAUGUCAAUGGCUGCUAGCAGGUGCCAUGACCACUAAGGUACGACGCCACGACAAGAGAAUCCAUCCUUACCAAAGGGUAGUGACCACAGACAGAGGUUAGUUAGCUCACCAGCCACUUUAUGUGUGUGUGUGCGUGUGUGUGUGUGUGUGUGUGCGUGCGUGUGUGUGUGUGUGCGUGCGUGCGUGUGUGUGCGUGUGUGUGCAUGCGUGUGUGUGUGCGUAUGUGUGUGUGUGUGUGCAGACCGACGGACCAAUUCCAGUUUACGCGUGUGUCUGUAACACGGCAUGACUAAAAAUAAGAGCUCAUCGGUAUCAGGCGGAAAGGUCAAACACUGAAGGAGCUUCAGCGUAAAAUGUGAAGCAGUAUUUGUUGCAGUGGAAGUGAAGUGAGCAGGUUGGGAGGAAGCGCUGGGGGUGACAGCUGCAGAUAAAGCGGACGCUCCCUUGUAAUUAGAAUGGAUCGCUCCGUGCAUGUGACUCGGUCCUUGUGACUCUGGAUUUGGCGUCCUCCUCCCUCAACGUUUUUGUUGUUGGUUUCGUCUUCACUACUUUUGAUCCUUCAAACUGGACAAAGUUUUAUUUAUACCCAAGUUCAUUCCAUCAGAUUUCCACAAGUGUAUUUUUUUAUUAUUAAUGAACUCCUGUGUUGUGCCCAAUGACUCUGACUUAAAGUAACAGUGAUUGUCUUUUUCUGAAGGUCAUUUAAUUCAACCUGACCUUUGACCUUUACUACUAAAACACAGCGUGUGGUAACUACUGAAGUCUGUGUUACAAGCUCUUUUGUAUAAAUACUGUUUGUGGUCUUAUCAGUCGCCCACUGGACUUUAUCAUUGGGGCUGUUUACAUCUUUCAUAUAUUUCCUAGCCAGAUUGGUGCUGUUACCAUGUAUCUAGCUGCAAAAUGAAUUUGUAUAUAGGGAUUUUAAGAAUUUAAGUGCUUAUAUGAAGCUUAUGGAUCAAGAUCGCUUGGAAGUACUUGUAGUAUUAUGUUUUUUUAGUUUUUUUUAGUUUGUAAAUCUUUAUUUUUGUUUUUAUGGUAUGCUUUUAUAGAUGAAGUGUCUAAGUGUGUAGCUACUACUGUUUUAGUCACCGCGGUGGCAAUGAAGGCAGUGAUUUGCUCUGUAUUUAAGACGAGGUGACCUUCUGGAUUCACAGGCCUCGUGACUGUUUUAUGCAAUAGAAAUGGACUAGCUAGCUACAAUAUAUGUGUGUGAGCAGUGGUGCUCCUGUUGUACACAAUGAAGAAAAACACUAAAAGGCAAUAAAGAUGACUAUUGAAAAAAGUC